AUGGGCAUGCAAGGAGGACUGAGUACCAACGAGUCGGGAGCCGGGGAGAGGGUAAGAGAAUCCGGGCCCGGGGAAGCAGGGAUAGAACGAAGAACGAUGGAGAGAGAAACAGACGGAAGCCCCGGAAACAACCAAGGGGAGGGCAGGGAGGGGGAAAACAAGGAUUAUGCAGGAUGGAACGGACCAGGAAAGGGUGACGGGAGCCAGCGAGAGAGUAGACAAGUGGGAGAGCAGUACGAAGAAGCGGCUACGACCAGUGAUGGAGAAGAAGUAGGGAGGGAAAGGACAGGACGACAAAGGAUGCGGGAAGGAGAAAAGAAGGCAGGGAAGACCACGAAACAGGAAGAGAAUGCGGAGGAAAAGGGGGAGAAAGAAAGCGCGGGGAAAGGGAGGACACGACCGGAAGACCCGAACAGAGGAGAUAGAAAAUCGAAGGAGCGGGGGGGGGAGAAAAGCAUAGAGGAAGCAAGGAAGAAAAAGGACAACCAAGAGUGCAGAAGGGACAGAGUAGGGACCCAAAAAAGAACAAAGGAUAACGAAGGUAGAGGGGACGAGCGAAGAGGAUUGAGGGGGGGACCGAGAGAGGGGGAGGGAAGAAACGACAGGAAGAGAACCAAGGAGACAGACAGGAAGAGAAGGGGGGAAGCGAUCGAGCAAGAGGCGCCAGAGCGAAAAAUGGACAACGAUGACAGCGAAGGAACAGAGCAGAACAGGCGAAGACCGGUGGGGGGUAAAGCCGGAUUAGAGGGAACCCAGAGUAUAUGGGCGAAUGGUGGAGGGGCGGACAGUGUGACUGAGUCCCAGAAGAGAAGACAAAGGGGCAAGUUGGAAGGAGAGGAAGAGGCCGGGCAGGAGAGGAAAAAGAGGCGAGUAGGAGGACGGAACUGGAAAAACGGGAACGUAGGAGAAAAAGUCGAAGCAGGGAAAAGCACAUGA